CGGGUGCAUUACUAUCAAAUUUGCACAUUUUUAUACACGUUACCAAAGAAUCGUUCAGCAAAAACUGAGCAGAGACACAGGAAAAGCAGAAGCCACUGGUUGUGGCUGUCACGAAAGAUAUGAACUGAUAGUCUGAAUGUUUUUAAACUACGUCCACUUCCUCUUUGUGCUUUCUGCCCAUUUGACUUCACCACAGAGCACUGAGCCUGGAGAUCAUGCCACGUUCAUUGUUUGCCGUGUGAAGGUCAGUUAAUCAUUUCCUUAAUGAGUUUGUGUUUAAUGCAACUCUUUUCAUAUCACUUUAACAGUGCGAUAUAUUUUUUUCAGCUCUAACUGUAGCCUGUAUUUCCUGUGCAUGUCAUGCAUGUGGCAUAAACAACUUUCACUUUCUUAAUAUGCAAAAAAGUGAUUUCUAAAGAAUGUUACGUAAUUCAAAGAUAAGAUCUGAUGAAUUAAAAAGCUUUGUAAGACACUCAUCAACGAAAUUAUCAACGAAACAUUUGCAGAAGUAGUCAACAGAGGAAGUACAGUCACUUCUGUGUUGGCGUGAUGCGGCUGUCAGUUAAACGGUCAGUUGUACUCCUGCUAACGCUUUUCGGAGCUUGUACGCUUACUAGGACUCUAUAUGAGGUGCUAACAUGCCCUGGAGAGGUUCCCAGAACUCAUAUGGUGUCUAUACGGGUUCAAAACUCGAACCAGACACAGUACCGGUAUAACCAGAACACACCGAUGGUGUUUGUGGGUGGGGUUCCACGAUCAGGGACCACCUUGAUGCGUGCCAUGCUAGAUGCCCACCCUGACAUCCGUUGUGGGGAGGAGACGCGGGUGAUCCCCAGGAUACUGUCUCUACGGCAGGGCUGGGGGAGGCAGACGGAGGAACGAUGGGCGCUGGAGGACGAGGGAAUCAGUCAAGAGUUGCUGGACGCUGCGACGAGAGCAUUCCUGCUGGAGAUCAUCGCACGGCACGGGGAUCCAGCACCACUGCUGUGCAAUAAAGACCCCUUUACACUGAAGAGUGCAGUUUAUCUGUCAUACAUUUUCCCCAACUCUAAAUUCCUGCUAAUGCUCAGAGACGGCCGGGCGUCUGUGCACUCUAUGAUCUCCAGACGAGUGACUAUCGCUGGCUUCAACCUGUCUAGCUACAGGGACUGUCUGACUAAAUGGAGCAAUGCAAUCGAAGUCAUGCUCUCCCAGUGUAUGGCAGUAGGCCGGAGUCGCUGUAUGACCGUUCGCUAUGAGGAUCUGGUGCUGCAGCCACGAGCCACUAUGGGGCGUGUGCUGCGCUUUCUAAAAUCACCGUGGCACGAAGGGGUGCUUCACCAUGAGGAGGCCAUCGGGCAGCCUGGAGGAGUAUCACUGUCUCGAAGUGAACGCUCCACGGAUCAGGUGAUCAAACCAGUUAACCUGGAAGCCCUCACACGCUGGGUAGGCCAUAUCCCAGCAGACGUCCAGCAGGACAUGGAGAACAUCGCACCAAUGCUGCGCAGGCUGGGCUACAACCCCAAAGCCAAUCCACCAGACUAUGGUCAACCAGAUCCGGAAGUGAUCAACAAUACUGAAAGGGUACUGAGAGGAGAUUUUAAAACUCCCAUGAGACUGAAAAGAUCGGUACAAGUAUCUCCAAAGAUAGUUUCUAAAGAAGGUAGAAUCUGAACAGAGUCAUUGGUUGCAGCAUGUGCUCCAGUUCAGCUUUGGAUAACUUCACCACCAUACAGACACAGCAACCUGAAAGGACCAUCAUUAUAUAUUAGCUGUGGUUCCUGGGGUCUGAUUUCGACGUUGCCAGAAUCCAUUAUACUAAUAAUGAGACUAAAUCUUAUGAUGUACCAAAAUGUUGUAAUGCAAUAGACUGAUAGUCUCAGGAAGGACAUUAAACACUGGACAGUGAUCAACAUUUUUACUUCCUGAUGCUCUCAGACGACUAUUUUUUGCUUUGUUUAUCGAACAAAGCUUACCAUAAUUCAAUUACACUGGACUUCCUGAACAUUGCGGUUUUUUGUCUUGUUUUGGGAAGUGAGAAGAGUGUAAUGUAGCGCUUGGUGUCUCACUGAAUGUUGUUGCUAGGUGCCUGCAUGCAUUUUUUUGACCUAGCUAUUAAAUUGAGCCCUUUUUCUGGGCCAAAACGCAUUGUUUUCCCUCAGGGUUUCCAAAAGUGUAUAAUUUCAAUAAAAAUAUUCAUACAAAUCGA